AAGACCGACAGUGAGUAUCAGAAUUCUUCCAAGUACAGAAGCAGCGCAUGAAGAUAGUUUCAGUGCCUACGCUUAUAUUACUUCUUUUGUGCAUAACUAUCUGUUCAAUCUUCUUUUUAUCCUCUCUAUCACUCUCGGUUUCUCAACAUCAUACCCUUUCUGUUUCUGAGUUUUUCUCCAUGAAAAAAUCUAGCCAUUUGGUUGUGUUUCUCACUUUUAACGUUGUUGUUAUAGCCAUCCUGAUGAGGAGUGUACAAGCAAUACAAUAUACCAUUCCGAUGCAUGGGACCCUUGUUACUGCAGGAUUUGAGAAGGAUGAGAUGAACUUAGCCUUACCCAUAUGUGCGGAGCAGCCAUUUCCAUUAUAUGCAGGAGAAUAUGCAGUUGAAAGCAUGAAAGAUCAUAUUGAUGACAACAAUGAUUUUCUUCCCCGUUUAGUAUAUGUAGGAUAUACAGAAGAAAAGAUCAAAGAUGACCAUCAUGAUGAUAGCAUGAAAGAUCAUAUUGAUGACAACAAUGAUUUUCUUCCCCGUUUAGUAUAUGUAGGAUAUACAGAAGAUGACCAUCAUGAUGAUAGCAACGAUGAGUACUAUCAUGGUUAUGAUGGUUAUGAUGAAGAUAACGAUGACGAUCUUGAUAAAGAUGAUGACGACAGUGAAUAUGGCGAAGAGGAAGACGAUGAUCUGAGCAAGAGAAUCGAAGAUUUUAUAGCCAAGAACAACCAGAAAUGGACGGAGGAGAAGCUCAAUGAUAAGCAGCUCUACAUUGAAGCAGCUGAACUGCAAUUUUCAGUUGCUGCCUAGCUCCAAAGACGUUGUACAUGCAGUUUGCUGUUGUAUUGACUGGAUAAUAUAUGGUUUUUUUCUCUUUUCUUUAUUCCUUCUUAUCUUUUCCCUUUUUUUUCAGUGGGGGUAAGGGGUUUUUAUGAAAAAUUCUGCGACUCGAGCCAAUGAGCAUGAGCCAGUUGAAUGUAUCUGUACUAUCA